AUGUGGUCAGUGGUUGUAUUUAAAUUAGAAAGCGAGGCUGAAGUAAUUCACAAAGUGUGCAUGUGGCUGGAAAAAACAUCAAACGGAGACCUGGAUGCUACUAUAGAAGUGACAUCCACGCAACGCAGCGUCAUUAAUGUUGCGGACCACUCGCUUCUUCAAGGUAGUCGCUUCACGGGGAAUGGAUUAUCGCUUGGUGCUCAGCUAUUCUUGCUGGAGCUUCAGUUUGAUGUGCUUCUGCAGCAGCUAGUCCGGCGUUGCAAAAUAAAAAGACUAGUGGAGAUUCAGGUGGCUGAGACCCAAAAGCUUUUGUGUUCGUUUGGCUGGCUAGAGAACUCUGAGGAUGCUUUAUGUCGUCCAAUAGGAGAUGAAUUCCUGCGCUUGUUUUGGCUCAUGGCGCGCAUGUAUGAACGAUGUGGGGAACCUUUGAUGGCUCAAUACUACUUUACGAAAUGCAGAGAGAAACUUGUUGGGUUUAAUGAAGACGACGAUCAAAGCAACGAUUGCAAGUUCCGAGUUGAUCUAACGAACCAAAAAGCUGACGGUGAAAUUACAUGA